AUGGUUUUUGGUGUGACGAUCAUUGCCAAAGAAUGCGUUAUUAACAUCCUUGACCGGCCCGUUAAACAGACUGCUCUCCAGGAACUUACGCCUUUCAAUAGAGAGAUUAUUGAAAUUGUGACCGGUUUUUUCCGCAGCAACAUUCUUCACCACGGGCUCGUUGUUCCCGAGGGCUCUCUAUACCUUCCAAUCAAAGAGAUUGUUGAAACUAUAAAGUAUCAAGGUAACAAGAAUGGCAUGGGGACGGGGGCAUAUGCUAGGUCUGUGGUGGAGAAAUUGAUGAGCAAGCAAACUCCGAAAUUUGGGAGGGCAAUAGGGCAUGGACUAUACGCUUCCUGGUGGGAUUUCUACCUUCGUGCCUCCUCGACGCCACAAGGCCACAGCGAUGUUGGCUAUUUCGCCAGAAGACGGCAAAGGGAUGUAGAGAACCUCACUCGCAUCGCUACUCAGCAAUCCCCUUGA